AUGACAAUUACUCUCCACGAUGUGCACUAUAUCAUGCAUUUGCGAGUUAGUGGAAAGCGCCCUAACGUUUGGAUUGAUAAGGCAGAUGCGAUUUAUGCAGGUGCGAGAGCGUUCGGUGUCGAGCCCCGGGAUAUGGCGAAGUGGUAUGGCGGCGGAUCCCAGUUAGAUGAUUUGGAUAGGAUGUAUGGCGACGAUUCUUCAUUUGCUUCCGAGUUUCGGGUACGAGCAUAUAUUGCGUACUUGCUUGGAAAGCUAUUGUUUGUCGAUAAGAGUGGAUCGAAGGUGAAAGCAUAUUUUUUCCCACUUUUAGAGCAUAUCGAUAUGAUUUCCGACUAUUCCUGGGGUUCGGCUACAUUGGCCUAUUUGUAUCGACAAUUGGGCAUGGCUACGCGUGCUGAGGCGGCGCAUAUGGGUGGUUGUCUGACAUUGUUAGAGUGUUGGAUAUAUGAGUAUUUUCCGUGUUUUCGGCCUCCGAUGGUUAACGCACAUGUGAAUGGAGAGCCCUGGUGUAAGAGGUGGCAAGUGAUACAUCAUAUCCCUAAAGACGAGGAUAUACUUGUAGAUUAUCGUCGACGUCUUGAUUCUAUGGGUGCGUCAGAUGUGAAUUGGACGCCAUUUGGAGUGAAUGUGUCACGUGAAGUUGAAAAGACGUUUCAUCACAGGACUAUUCGAUGGAUGGAUACGGUAGAGCCUUACAUGCCCGAUAGAGUUUUGCGUCAGUUCGGAUUUCGGCAGAUUAAACCGUCGGACCCUAUUCGUCCGCUAAAAGGUGCUAAGAUGGAGAGAAAAUUAGCAUCUUACAAAAUUAGCUACGAGCCUGGCGAUCAGAUGUGGAAUAUCCCUCACACGCACAUGCUUAGUGAAGAUUAUUAUGGUCAUUGGGCGCGUCCGGCUUGGGAGUCGACACCGGAGUAUUUGCCGUGGUAUCUCGACCACACCCACGUCCGUAUACAUCCUAGUACCGAGCCGGUUGAGAGAGCGGAGCCAUCUGCAGUUCCGUUUGUGUACGACAUCACCCGGGUGUUGCAUUCCUACUUCUACAAUAACUUGCCACCGCCGACUAUUCCAGGAUUUCGACAGAUUCCCGAUGACUUUUUCAGGACGAUCCAAGACAUGUGCGCCCCAUUCGCCGAGUAUCUACAGUUGGAUCGUCCUAAUGCUUCUGACGAACAAGACGCAUGA